AUGAAUCACAGCACCGUCGCCACCACCGCGUCCAAUGCCUCGCCUGCCAAGCCGAAGCCCAUCCGCUUCGUGACGAACCAUGACGGGCCCUACGCGAAGAGACGCAGGAUCAACUCUGCCUGCUUGACGUGUCGGCGGAGGAAGACGCGAUGUUCCGGCGAACGCCCGGUGUGUGGGACCUGUACGCAGAACAAGCACGAGUGCGGUGGCUAUGGGCCCGAAGGCGACGCUCCCUUCAGCCCUGUGUCGGAAGACAGCAAAGAUGUGACCAAGAAGACGUUGAUGGGGGACGCUUCACAUACCACGAUAUCCUCGCAGCCCCGCAAACACAAACUGCCUGCCCAGUCGCCGCAGGACUCUCGCCCAUCAACAUCGCAUAAGCGGUCUAUUGACUCCUCGAAAGCGAGGCCGUCCGACAAUUCAAGACCCAGCAACGGCGGAAAGCUCGAGGAAGAUGCCGGCGCUGGUUUGAGUCUGAGCACUCGCAACCGAAUGCCAUACUUCCGUUACUUUGGACCUACUGCCAUCAUGCCUGGCUUCAAACAGAUGGUGGUAAAGGUCCGAGGGAAACGCCAAGGUACUGGGCACACCUCGUCUGAAGAAUCAGCUCUUGAGUCCUCUCCAGGAGUGCAGCCUUCUCACGGCCAGUAUUCGCCUGUCCAAGUGCCGGAGGCUCGUACGCCCAUUGAGAUCCCAGUGUACGACACCUCGGCAAUGUCACCAAGCCCUUUGAUCACCCAUUUGUGCAAAACUUUCUUCACGCAUCUUGGGUGCAGUUUUCCUUUCUUGCAGCGAGACCGCUUCUUGCGUGAUCUGGAAGAAAAGCAAGUCGAUGCAAUCCUAGUCGACGCUGUGUGCGCAUUGGCUGCCCGGUUUUCCACUCACCCCAUGUUGACUGGCAGUCCAGAGCCAGAGACGGAGGCAGAGCUUCGAAAAGUCCCCAGUGUCCAUCCUUCAGAGCACGGGCAGGCAUUUGCACAACGAGCUAAAUCAGCAAUUCCUGACACCUUCCCGUGUCCCAGCGUUGCUGUGGUGCAAGCGGCCCUUCUACUCGCAUACGAUGAGUUUGGUGCGAGUCGCGACAGUGGACUCUGGAUGUACUUGGGGAUUGCAAUUCGCAUGGCACAGGAUCUUGGAAUGCAGACACUAGAAGGCCUGAGAUAUGAAGGCCGUUCCGGCCCCACGCCUAAGACUGUGAAGACUGCGCCUACAAACGGGAAGCAUGAGCCAUCACAGGAGAGAACUCCGCCGCUCCUACCAUUUGAGAAGAGUGUAGACGAAUCCGCCAUCGAAGAGCAGCGGGCGGUUGAGCGUGAGCGAGUAGACACCUUUUGGUCAAUCUUCUUCCUGGAUCGUGUCAUCUCGUCUGGCACUGGACGGCCCGUGACUCUGCGCGACCGGGACAUUGAAAUCUCUUUCCCAUCGCUCGAUGAGGCCGAUCCAGUGACUGCUUGGCCUGUUCCGUUCCCAGCCUUGAUCCGAAUAAUCCACCUGUACGGGCGUGUAACAGAUCUGCUAAACAGCAUCAAGGAAGUGUCUCAUGUCACGCAGGAUGUUCUUGCGCAGCUAGCUGCUAUGGAGAACCAUUUGACCGAUAUCUAUCAAGGGCUCUCGCCAAGGCUUCAUUUCAACGCCGUCAACUUCCAGCACUACGUCAAGGUCAACCAAGGAACGAACUUCGUUCUUCUUCAUUUCUGGUUCCACACUCUUAUUGUUCUUCUCCAUCAACCGACAUUACUCAAGACCUUCGAAGGGAGCAUUCAGCAAUUGUUACCCAACAGCAGAGAAUUAUCCAUGUCCUCAGCAAAGACUAUCGCAGACAUUUUAUCAUUUGCAGAGCUGAUAGAUUCAAAGUCGGCACUUGGUAAUCCAUUCACGAGUCAACCUAUCUAUGUCGCAGCUUGUGCCUUUCUAAGAGAGACCGCGCUGCAUUCAGCCUCUUCGAAUCCGCACUCAAGACCUUCCACCCCGGGAUCUCACCAAAGCCAUGAUUCUGGGGUCUUGACGAAGACCCCUGUUGACCAACAGAAGCUCGAUAAACAAAUGUUCUCUCAGUCCAACGGCGACAGGAUGACCCAUCUACUGGACACUUCUAUAGACAAGAACCAGGCAGCAAAGCAUACAUUGCUAGCCUCGGCAGCGAACCAGAACUACCAAAGGUGUUACAGGGCCCUCAAAUCACUGGAAACAUACUGGGCUGGUGUAAAGUAUAUACUGACAGUACUUGACCAGAAGGCCAAAGGGGUCGGAGAUCCCCUUUUAUACACUAGAGAAGAGAUGGAGAGCGCUCUAGAGCUCCCGCGACCUGAGCCCGCCUUCACGUCUCCUGGAUGGCGGAGGAAACUGUCUUGGGGAACAUAUCUCACAGCCCAAGGGGUCAGCGACGUGGCACAAGCAAGGGUGGCUUCUGCUUUGCGGCACAAGCCAAGCGGUCAAACCAUUAGUGGGCCAGCUUCGCCCAUGAUGAACCAAGCCAUUGGAUGGUCUCUCACUGGCACCAUGAACUCUCCAAGUACGAGCCUUGCUGUCCUGUAUCCCACGGACACCAGUCGCGAAACGAAUGGCCGGCACACGUCUGAAGCUGCCGCACCAUCCAUUGCCUCGAUACUAUCCACCCCGCAGAACACAUCUGCUCAACCAAAAUCCAACCAGCGCAUCAAGUACGAACACGGCCUUCCGCCUCCAUCACCCAGCUUCCAGACCAGCGCCCCACCGCAAUCAUACGCGCAUAACCCGUCUGGAAUCACCACCAUGCCGCCACCCUCAACAUACCACAACAUGCCCUCCGCCGACCCCGUCCUCGUCUCAGACGCCGAUCUCCUCCUCAACCUUCACUCGCCCUACUCCACCGCCUCUCCCGGCCGCAUCACUGCGGGCGUCUCCCCCUUCAUCCCACCUAAUCGUACGCCUACCCUCAACCCUAACCAGUCACCUACACAAGACUUCUCGCCCUCGUCGCAGUAUAACCAGUUCGACAUCGGCGGCAGCUUCGAUGGCUCAGCACAGGUGCCCUUUGGCGACAUGAUGAUCCAGAGCCAGGACAUCGAUAUGAGCGCGCUUGGGGACGAUAUGAUGCCUUGGCUCGAGUACCUGCCGCAUGAGAUGUUGUACUACGAUGGCAGCUCGGGGUAUGUGGGCGGUUCGCAGGGACCUGGGGGCGGGAUGGAGGGAGGGAACUCGGGCGGGGGGUGA